GAUGACCCCUUGCAAGGUCCAGUUUCUGAACUUUCCACAGUCAGCUCAGCACAGGUGCCAAGGAACACUCAGAGUAGCCUUUGGGAUACAGGCAACCCUCGAGAAAACAGAGGAAGCUUUCAGAAGUCUCUAGAUCAGAUAUUUGAGACCCUGGAGAACAAAAGUCCCAGCGCUGUGGAGGAGUUGUUCUCAGACGUGGACAAUUCCUACUAUGACCUGGACACUGUGCUGACAGGAAUGAUGGGUGGCACUAAGCCAGGCCUCUGUGAUGGGCUCGAGGGCUUUGCCUCGGCAGCCUCACCUCCCGGCUCCAGCUGCAAGUCCGACCUGGCCGAACUGGACCAUGUGGUGGAGAUCCUAGUGGAAACCUGAGGCCCCUGGUGGGCCAUGGACAAGGCCACAUGCCCCAGAGAGCUUACCUGAUAUACUGUGGCCCAUGUAGAAAYGCAGGGCACCAGUCCUGUGCAGAGUUCUCACCACUGCAGCCUGCGUCCUGGCCCUGUGGGGCAGUCUGUUGAUUCUGAGAGUGUCCUGGGACAGACUCAAUGGCUCUGGCUCUGGCAGCAGAGGCCGGGGCUGGGAGCUGGAGCUCUCUGAAGGCUCUUCAGCCCUGGGCUAGGUGGCAUCCCACAGCCCCAGGCCCUCCCUGUGCUGGCUGCACCUCCCUCGGAGAUGUUGAGCCACAGGCUGCAUUCAACCAACCUCAUUAAAAUCUAGAUAGGUGAACUUUUAAAACUCAGUCUUAUACAUUUGGGGCAAUAUUUUGUCUUUUAAGAUAUAUUUUUUAAAUGUUUUAUACUCUUAGAUUUUUGCAGCUAUUUUCUUAAAAGUCUAUUUUUUGUAUAAACAUCAUUUGCUGCUACAUUAGAAAUUUGUAUAACCUGAACAAUUGCAGUUGUGUAUUUCAUUGUUUGAAGGUUUAAAUGGUCAUUUCCCACACUCUGAUGCAGCAGYGUAAGUGUUCUGUUUUCUACUUYGGUUGUUCGCAGSACCCUUAUGUCAUGUUCUGUGUUACAACAGAGGAUGCUUAAAAUGAGAACUACAUGCAAUUAGAACCCUCUUCACUAGACCUGCUCUGAAACUGUGUCUUUUUAGACUUAGUGAAAAUAAUGGAGGKUUCUGUUUAUGCCUAUUUAUAUAUGUAAAUGCCACUGGAGGGGAAGGUUGGGUAUUUGUGUGAAAUCACAGGCACCAUUUGAUCUUAAGAGUCUGGUGUCUCAGCUGUGUCUUCCUUGAGGURGUCACAGAGGGCGCCUCCCAUCUGUUCCCAGCACAGUCCUAGCAGAGCUGCGUGCCCUUUUUAGAGCAYACACAUGGGCUGCUGUGUGCCAGGCAUGUGUGUUUGGAAAGAGCGUAUGCCUGUGUGCUGUGGUAGAAAUGCUUAUACCUGCUCUGUUAAAUUGGUGCUAGAACAGAAUUGUAAGGUUAAAUUUAAGUCCAGAAUGAAAGAACUCUAAUUCAUGUCCUCUCAAUCCGAAGGGUCACACAAUGAAGGGAGCUGGUGUGGCCCUGUGCCUGGCUGUCACAUCUCCAGAUCCUUGUUGCCUGCCAUACACGGGUUUCCUCGUGCCUCUUCUGACCUCCCAUCUCUGAGCCUGACAAACGUGGUUUUCCUUUGUG